UGCACAAAAUCUCAUACAAAAUAAACAACAACCUGUUAAAACAACAAGAUGAUUUCUUACAUCGUAUGCCAAAGUUCAGCUUAAGAUAACAAGAGAAACGUAUAGAGUUGUAGCAAUUUUCGACGGUGCGACAAAAAAGUGUGAAAAUUUUUGAAUAACAUUUUCCAAGGCACCAAACACAUCCACACUGGUAGGCACAAUUGCAGAAAUGAACCAGGACAGCAGUAGUGUACAGUAUCCAGGUGUAAAUAUCAAGACAGAUGGAAAAUUAGUUAUCAUUCAACUAAAUGCUCCAAAGAGGAAAAAUGCCUUAACACCAGCUAUGUAUGCUGGAAUAACAGAUGCUCUACAAGAAGCUUCAAAGAAUCCAAACAUAUCAAUUGUUGCAAUUACUGGAACAGGAGACUUUUAUUCAAGUGGAAAUGAUUUUGGAGUACUCAUGGGAAAACUUUCAGAGAACUCCUCAACUGAAACAGAUGCUAAAAAAGGUGUAAUCAUGGUGCAGGAAUUUAUAGAUACCCUAAUAGAUUUUCCUAAACCAAUUGUUGCUGUUCUAAACGGCCCAGCUGUUGGGGUUGCUGUUACAACUCUAGCCUUGAUGGACGCUGUUUACGCCAGCGAUAAAGCCUGGUUACACACUCCAUUCACUCAAUUAGGUCUAUGUCCAGAAGGUUGCUCUUCUCUUACUUUCCCGCGCAUUAUGGGACCACUUAAAGCAUCUGAACUAUUAUUGUUCGGGCAAAAAAUUGCAGCCAUUGAAGCCGAAAAAUUGGGUUUGGUUACGAAAGUUUUCCCCUCUGCUGAACUAGGUUCUCUGAUAUGGCCAAAAUUGAAAGAAAUAUCUGAUCUACCGGCUACGUCUAUGAUUCACGGGAAAAAGUUGUGCCGUGAUAUCGAUCGAGAGUUACUUCACAAGGUCAAUGCUGCAGAGUGCGCAAGAUUGGAUGCAUGUCAAACUUCCGAGGAAACGGCAGAAGCCAUGUUUAAAUGGUUCACUCGUCGAUCAAAGCUUUGAAGAAUUAAAAUUAUGUCACAAAAUAUUAAAUGUUAACUUAGUUAAGGGUUAAGGGUAUAUCAUAAAUGAUGAGGUGUAUAUCAGUUA